AUGGUCCUCGGCCUGGCAGCCAGCCGCCCCGGCCACCUACCGGGAGCUCAGGGCCACAGAGAGGGGUGCCGGCUUUCGGCGGCCUCCGCCUCCUCCCGAUCCAUGGGCUCGGGGACGCCCAGCCUUCUCUCCCCUCACGCAGAGGAGGAGGAAGAGAAAGAAGGAACCAGUCCUCCUGCCCCCACCCUCCGGAAGCGCAAUUCCAGCCGCGAGCCCAAGGUGGGAGGAGGGGCAGCACUGAGGGGAGAGCUACGCACAAGCGAGGACGUCCGGGCCCUCAGCCUUUUGCCGCGGGACCCCGCGGGGCGGCCUGCACCUUUCCUUCUUAGCACGAGCACCCAGGCCCCAGACCCGGGCAAUGCCCACAAGCAAGAUGGCCGUACCGGAGGCACCCCCCUACUGCUUAGCGCCCUGCUGUGCCAUUGGUUAGAGCGCGGAGUGAGGCCAGCACCGAUUGGUCGAGAGCGAUGCGGGGGUGGGGGUGGAGCUGUAGCAGCCUGGAGCCAAGAGUGGGCAACGCGGCGUGAGCAGCAGCCCCAGGCUCCCGGAGCAUCGCGCCCGGAGAAAGACUUCGCCGCUCGGGGCCGCAGCCUGGUGAGCUCAGCCCCCUUCAAGCCCUCCCCUGCAUCUCAGCCGGAGCCUCUCCGAACUGGCGCUGAUCGAUGCCGAGACUCCCCAGGGACCCUAUCGCGACUCCAUCGUGCCAUAUCUCGACAUCACCGUACCCUGUCGAGACUCCAUUUUGUCACAACCCCUUUCAGUAUUUAUCUAUCUACCUAUAUAUAUUUUUUUAUAUUUGCCCCUAUCAUAUUUUGGGGCUGUCCCCUUCAUGUCGUGAUUUCGCUGUGAUCUCUCCGUGACAUCACCGCGCCAUCGUGAAGU